AUGAAUGAACGAUUUGAAACUCAAACUUAAACUUUUAUCUGCAUCACAGAGGUAGAAAAAAAACAAAAAAUGUAUGUUUAUCCAAGAGUUGACAAAUACAAUCAUCCUAUUAUUAAAGGGGUGAAGGGUAAAAGAAUUUCAUUUAGAGAUAAUAUUGAAAAGAGAGAAUUAUGUGAUAUAUAUAUUGUUUAAAAAUACAACCAGAAUAAGGAAAAUUCUAAAUGUUCAUGUAGCUGUUCAAUCUAAUGA